CAAAAACUACUCACAUUCAUUUCCCACCCACGUUCAUUUCCCAACCACGUUCAUUUCCUACCCACAUUCAUUUUUUCAUCUUCGGGUUUUUAUCCCAUUACUCUCCUUCAUAACUUCGUAACUUCAUUUGAAAUUUAAGUUCGUUACUUUUUUCUCUACUUCAUUUCAUCAUGUACUCAACAAAAAGUCUCAUCGGGUUUGCAAGCAUGCUUGCAUCCCUUCCAUCUGCCUUUGCUGGUUUCAGCACAACUGCUUCGAACAACGUCGCUAUCUACUGGGGUCAGGGUCCUAACCAAGGCACUCUCGCAUCAUACUGCUCAAGUAAGAUUUUGCCCUAGUCUAUACUGUUGAAAAAACGUAAAGAAAGUACUAAUAAAUCUUAAAAGGUGCUGAUUUUGACAUCAUUCCCGUUGCGUUCUUGAUCUCCAUCAACAAGCUGACCGUCAAUGUUGGAAACGCUGAUCCCACCCAAGUCGGAAAGGAUAUCGUCACUUGCCAGGGCAUGGGUAAAACCAUUCUCCUCUCCAUUGGAGGAGCCACCUAUACCGAGAAUGAACUCGGAAGCUCUGCUGCCGCUACCACUGCCGCCAAGAAUGUCUGGGCUGCUUUCGGUCCCAAGACUUCAUCCUCUACCACUAGACCAUUCGGUGACGCCGUCGUCGAUGGUUUCGAUUUUGAUAUCGAAACCCAAGGUCUUACCAACUUAGAUGUCUUUGCUCAAGAGCUCCGCUCUCUCUCUGAUGCUGAGACCAGCAAGAAAUACUAUUUGACUGCCGCCCCGCAGUGCCCUUACCCCGAUCAAGCUGAUAAGUCCUUCCUUCAAGGUGCAGUCUCCUUUGACGCUGUCUUCGUCCAAUUCUACAACAACGACUGUGGUCUCAACAAAUUUGUCAAGGGAAGCAGUACUCAAAGCGUUUUCAACAUGGCCACCUGGGAUAAAUGGGCUUCAAGCACCUCCAAAAACAAGAAUGUUAAAGUUUUCGUUGGUAUCCCAGGUAGCAGCAGCGCUGCCACUGUUGGAUACGUCGACCAGGCCACCAUGACUGAUGUGAUCAACUACUCCAAGACAUUCAAGAGCUUCGGUGGUGUCAUGGCUUGGGAUAUGGUUACUUUGAUCGGCAACUCUGGUUACCUUGCUAGCAUCAACAAGGCACUUGGAGGUACACCUGCUUCAGGAUCCGCCGCUGCAACUACAUCCAAGGCCUCUGUCACCUCUGCCAAAGCUUCCAGCACUGCUGUUGGAUCCACCUUCACCACCAAGGUCAAGUCUACCAUCACCUCUGCCAAGGCCGUUGCUACUGCUACCGCCACCAGGGCUGCUGAUGGUCAAAGCAGCGUCAAAUCCGCCGCCGCAUCCGCUACUUCAACUUCCUCUUCCGGAACUGUUGCACAGUGGAGCCAAUGUGGUGGCGAAGGAUAUACCGGACCAACUGAGUGUGAUUCCGGAACCAAGUGUGUUAGGACCGAUGAUUGGUGGUCUGCCUGCGAGUAAAUUCUUUUCUCUUAUGAAAAUUGGAACUCUGUAGAUGAACAUGACUAUUAGACAAUUAUCGGCACACGCAUAUUUCAUAAUUACCCCUUUCCUUGUAUCUUUGAUGGAACCACCGGGCAAUGAUGGUAUGGUAAAAGGCAUGGAAAUAUCUGGACUUGUUUGGCAUUUUGAAGCGCAGGAUGUGCUAGUUGGAUUGUUUUGUUUGGCAUUUGGAAACUUUUGUUGAUUUCUAGUGAAACUUUUUAGAUUUUGUGGAUUAUUUUAUCCCGAGGAAAAUUGUUGAGUAGUUGCUUGUUUGGAUUUUUUGGAUUUUUUGUAUUACUAUCCUAUUUAUACCAUAGCAUGGUCCCAUUUUGGACGACUAGGUGACUGAAAUAUGUCUCUAUGAAUACCACGUCUUUUUCA